AUGGCGUCACCACCACCAGCCUGGAGCGGGCUGCUCUUUGCCCUAUGUGCCCUCCUUCUGCUCUCCCUUACACCCUCCGUAUCAGGAGCGGCACUCACGACGCUCGUCGAACCACACGAGCGUUCCUGCUUCUACGCAUGGGUCGACGCUGCAGGCGAGAAAGUCGGCUUCUACUUUGCGGUGCAAUCCGGCGGCCAUUUCGAUAUCGACUACACCGUGCACGACCCGGACAACAAGCUCAUCAUUUCGGGCCACAAGGAGCGCCAGCUCGACAUCAUCUUUACCGGCAACACGGUGGGCGAGUACACGUUCUGCUUUGAAAACGCCAUGAGCACGGUGGCGGAAAAACUGAUUGACUUCGACAUCACCGUCGAGUCCGAACCGCGUCUCGACCUCCCCAUCACGCCGGCGAAGCUGCUCAAGGAACAUUCGGCCCCGUUGGAGGAGGGCAUUUCGAAUCUCAACGAUAAGUUGACGCAGAUCACGCGCACCCAGAGGUACUUUAGGGUGAGGGAGAAUCGCAACUUCAACACCGUCAAGAGCACCCAGUCCAAGAUCUUCUGGUACUCGGUGGUGGAAAGCGCCACCAUGGUCGGCAUCAGCGCCGCACAGGUGUACAUCGUCAGAACGCUGUUCGAAAAGGGAAGCACCAAGAGGUACCGCGUCUGA